AUGCUGUUUAAGGCUUCUGGUGAAGACUACGUGUCACUACACGAGGUGUGCAGGAUUUUUGAUGCAUCGACAGGGAAUACUAUGUCCAACACAGUAGACAUUUGCUCGCUUAACAAUGGAGCGAUACAAAGAGUAUGGACCGAACUGCUUCUCUAUCUCAACAGGUGUACCCGUUCCGUAGGAAGAUUCGUUAUUCACAACAUUGAUACUCUGUGCAGCAUCUCUGAAGGUGCCUAUGAGUUUCUUGUCUCUCUGCUUUUGGCCGGUGUUGCAUCGAUUCUUCGGUACUAUUCUUGCACCAGAGAUCGAGAAGAGCUUCUAAAUUCAGUUUGCGUUGAGUUUACUGUACUCAACACCGAGCUAGGGUCGAGGAUCGCUGACAGUCUUCAGUUUUUUGUCGAAAAGAGCCUGAGACUAACAGUUUCUCGCACGCGUGAAGACAACUACAAGGCAACAUACGAUGGGGUUGUUUCUUCGACCCACUACAUGGAGUGCUCGGGUGAUGACUGGAUGGAUGUAAUCUGCAGCGAGAUUGUAGACAUACAUGAGAUGCUGUGCGACAAAGACAUCGAUGCGACCGGUUCUGGGUGCUUCACUUCACCCAUAGUGCUACUAAUCGCUCCCCAAAUACCUUCUCUGCGUAUAGCCUUGGAGAAGCAGAUUUUGGACAGCUACAGCACCGAGGCUCUUCGAGUGCAAAGUGACAGAGAAUGGAGCCAUGAUAUGUUUAACAAAAAGACGCCUCUUGUUUUCAUCUGCAGCUCUCAUUGGCUCAUUGAACAGAUGAGUAUGCCGAAAGUAGAUGGCCUACUACGCAGGCUGAACGUACAGAUCGUAGUUCAUGCUGGGUUCUGCGAAAUUGGUGACUCCCACGAGGAAGAAAUUCUGCGCUGUGUGAUCGCCCUCAAAGGCUGCGGGAUUCAAUGGGAGGAAAUGCGAGCCAUGAAGCAUAAAGAGCAGUCGUACUGGCGACUGGAUGAACCUUUCACAUUUCGAAACAACAGCCCACUGGUGCAAGAGUGCGCCAAUGCGCUUCUCCUUCUGUUUCGCCGCUUUGUCACACCAUACUCUCCUUGCAGCAAACAGCCGUACACCUCGCUUCAACGAGACCUGUUUUGUUCACGGCGGGCGUGGGAUUUCUACAACAGGCUCACGCAUAUGCUGCGUCUCGCUGGUGUCCUGGCGCCUGAAGCAGCGGCUCCCAGUGAAGCAAUUGAGUUGACAGUUCUGGGUCGGUUUUUGUCGUACCGAUUUCGAAUUGGAGAAGGGAUAGUUGUUGAUGACACGCUUACUGUCGCGGACGGGAAAGCCAUUUUAUGGGCGUUUUUGUUUCGUCAGCCAAUAAGUGUUCCCCACGACGUUAUCAAAAGCUGUCACGCAUUUGAUUUGUGGGUGGAUGCUGCGGUAGCAAACUUCUGCAAAGCAUACCGGCUGGAGUUCGAGACCGAGGCAAGUACUCCACGAAAAGCACUUGUUACGCAGCUGGCGCUUUUCGGAAUUGGUGAUUGGGCCAUUCAGGAUAGAGUACACUAUCUCCUUAGCUCACCCAGUGGAGUUCGACUUUCUCUAAGACAACAUUUUGUCACGGCGGCGCCGACAAGUUGUCGUGGAUGGUACGAGCAGGCUCCUUUGAAUGCAGGGCUUGCCCUGGAAAAAAAGGAGGUACAUGUCUUCUGCAUACCCCCUCCGUCAGCGUACUGCGAGCUGGAGGCCGUCGAGAAAGGGGCGAGUUCCUGCAUACAGUGCCCCAUGGAGCUUUCAUAUCCUCUUAUUGUUGCGCACUCAGUACUGCACAUUUCGCUGCACAAUAUUUGUGUUUUCAGUGAAACUGUCGACCCCAGCAUUGUGACACCGCUUCCUAGAAACCUUUUGGAGUCGGGAGUUAUGUCAAGCUUGCUGUGUGACCUGACGAGAGGCAAUGCUGGCUUCUGGCUCGACGGCGUUAUGAAUGAAAUUGUGUUAACGUCCUCUGCAUCAUCUGUGCUUGCCCCUUUGACACUAAAAGGGAGGCAGCACAUACCAUACUGCGAGCGUGAGCUUUUCACCCGAAAGAGGCCCCGGCAGGAGAUAGGGGCAGCCAAAGCCGGCGAAAUGGAAGGCUUCAAAGGCACGCUUCCACGAACUGCAGCGGAGCGCAGCGCUGUGGAGGAACUGGCGGAGCUCAUCAGGACAAUUGGCAGGGAAAAAGCAGAGAAGGCCGUGCGUGGAAAGAAAGGAUUUAGCUUUUUGGAGCCGUCACAUGAGCUUUACCCAUUUUAUCUCUAUAGUUUGAAGCGAUGA